AUGCUCCUCUGCGGCAUCAUAGAUGAGCUAGAGAAAGAGUCUGCGAAACGACUGUCUUAUUUCUUCUGUCAGGCUACAGAGGCUCAAUUGAGCAGUGCCACGGGCGUACGGGCGAAGUACGAUACCCAAGAGGAGAAACUUUUUGAGAGCAUCAAUGCCUGGGUGCCUCUGACCGAUAUAUUCAUGGACAUGCUGAACGAUCCAGCUCUGGAGGAUGUGGUCUUGAUCGUCGAUGCCCUUGACGAGUGCAAAACGAAGCACUCAGAGCUUCUUGACUUUAUUUUCAAGUCGCCUUCCCAUAUCAAGUGGAUUGUAUCCAGCCGCAACCACUGCCCAGACAUUGGGCCGAGGCUCAGAAAUGCAACACACACAGCCAAGCUGUGUCUUGAGGACAUUGGGAGCACCAUUUGCGAAGCAGUUGACGCGUACAUCCGACACAAAGUGGAUCAAUUGAUAUGUGAAGAGAAUUACGACGACAAGCUACGCUACGCUGUCCAACACUACUUGAUGUCUCAUGCCAAUGGCACUUUUCUCUGGGUAGCUUUAGUCUGGAAAGAACCUGCGGAUCCUAGGGUCCCAAGACAGCAUAUGCUUACGAAGUUAACGUCAUUCCCAGCAGGACUUGAUCAACUUUAUGAGCGAAUGAUGGAACAUAUUAUCAACUCAGAUGAUGCGGGCCUGUGCAAGCAGAUCUUAGCUACUGUGUCGGUCGUAUACAGCCCCGUCACGUUGAAGGAGCUGAUAUCUCUUGUUGAGUCGCUCGAGGAAUUCGACCAGGAUGAGUUGAAAGAGAUCAUCGGAUCCUGUGGCUCUUUCCUGACUCUUCGAAAAGGUGUCAUUUACUUUGUGCAUCAAUCGGCGAAGGAAUACCUGCUUGACAAGGCAUCCAACCAGAUCGUACCUUCUGGCACCACGGACCAGCACCAUACCAUCUUCUCGAGGUCGCUGCUGGUGAUGUCCAGGUCCCUGCGGCGCGACAUGUACAAUCUGAACCAUCCCGGCAUCUCUAUCGAUGAUGUCCGCCAGCCUGAUCCCAACCCGUUGGCCUCGGCGCGAUACUCGUGCUUCUACUGGGUUGACCACCUAAGCGCUGCCGACUUUCAGACUAACAGUCUGAAUCCUGAAGGGAAGGGGGAUUCCCGGAUUUUCCAACAAUAA